UCACGUAUCUGUGAAGUAUUUUUAGGUUUGGCAGGGUGAUGCAAAAAAACCCAAUCCCUGCUUCCAUAAUCUGACACCAGGAUCGCAAAGUUAAACUCUGGACAGCCUUGCUGUUACCAGGAUGGGCUGAUAAAUCUUGAGCACAAUUAAAAUUUCACCUUUUGGGGAUGACUGGCACAUGCGAGUAGAUGCAGUGAGCAGAGGCAGAAACCGGGAGGCUAUUUACAGAUAACGCUGAGCAAGAGAAAGUUCCCACAGCUGAAAUGACACGAAGAGAGCGACUCGUUCGCCUCUGAUUAAUGCAACCUGCAACAAGAAAUGGAAACGAUGGAAAUAAUGGAUCCAGAGAGCCAGAUGACCGCACUGCUGGACGACACGCUGGCAGAAGAACAGCUGGACGACGCGGUGGAGGAUCUGAGCAACAGUUUGAGAGAGGUGGUCCAGGAUGGUGCGGUCAAGCCGAAGCUCCACUGCCUGAUGAUGGACCCGUCCUUCUCGAUGGUGACCGUCCAGAGCGAGGACAGUGGGAUCGUUUGGGAAAACGCUUCCAGCCGCUGCUCCACACCCUGGGCCUCGGAGCUCAGCGAACCCGGAUACAGCUGCUGCGGCUCCGGAGCGGCCGGCAGGAUCGUCUUCAUUAUGGACGAAGAACUGAUGAGCAGAAGGAAGAGGAAGCCAAAGUCUGAGAAAUCAAAGACGCUCCCUCAGGUCAGCCACGAGAUCCUCGCUGAAGCGGAGAGACCGGCCAUGGUGGAAGUGUCCCUGCCCAAUGUGACACCAGAAGAAGAAGGAACAGAGGAGCACAAAACAGCUCAGAGAGAAGGAAAGCACCAGCGUUUGUUCAGUCUCGUCUCUGAAGGAUCUGAGAUACUAAACAUCAUCGCUCCGCCGAGAGUCUCCACCUUGGAUGAAGAGGAGAGCAAGGGUCUGGAAGAUAACUUGUAUUACCUCGAGGAGACGCCUGCUGUGAAAUCCCCAGAGGUCCUGGAUGAACCUGAGCUGGACAUUUAUACUGAGACUGUAGAGACGGAGAAGAGCGUUCUAGUGAACCCAGAUCCCGGUGUCCAGAUCCAGCUUCCGCCCAUUCAAGUGUCCCGAAGAGGACAGACGACCGAAGACUACUUCGAGAAGUUCACGCUGGUUGACCAUCAAGCUCCAGCAGGAGCAGCACCAGUAGAAGAAGCCCAGCAGGAAACAGAGGACAAGGUCACAGAAGAAGAAGAUAAAGCAGCUGGUCCUGAAGCGGAAACAAGACUUUCUGGAGUCUCCUCAGCUGUGAGUAUGCUAGACAUUUCUGGUGAACACUUGGACGAUGUGUUUUACGGCGGAGGGAGUGAGCCACCUUCUGCUGCGAGUGUUAGUGAAAAGGACAGAGAGUUUUCCAAAUCCUCUCUGAAGGAAAGCGGAAGCGUCUUGUUUGGAAGCGAGGAGUCGGUCCUCACUCCCAUAUACCUUCCCGAAGGUCCUCUGAAAAUCAUCGACCUCAACCUGCUCGAGGAGCCCAAAGCCUUGGCGUUUCUCUACUCGGACCUGUACGCAGACGCCGUCGGAGCCAGGAAGAAGCAGGACGAAGACGUCGAGAGCGUGACCUCUGAGAAAUCCUUCCACAGUCAAGAGUCUGACUCCGAGGACAGAGGCUAUCUGGAGAAGUUUGUGCUCAAGGUUGAGACUCUGGCUGACGCUGUUCCUGAGAAACGCCCCGAGGAACGGCACGACCCUUUCAGACUCGCCGGAUACGUGAUACACCACAGAGAAGAAUCUGUGGAGAAUCAGGCAGAAGAGCAGGAAGAGAUCACGGAUUUCUUUAGGAACAGUGCGUCUUCAUCGCCCUGUGAACCUGUCGACUUCGAGCAGCUGGAGAAAGAGGAAAAGAUCGAAGCUGUCAGGACGCCUCGGGUCACUUUCAAAGAGGAAGCGCCAAAGAAUAAGACAGAACAGGGGAGCGUUUGUCCAUCGCUGGAUGACGAGUUUUUACCGGUUGAAAUAAGUGAGGAUUGUCCGGCGUGGGAGGAAAACUUGCAGACGGUUGUCAGAGCUGCAGUAAAAUCAACACGCACAGAUUUUGGCCUAAGACGAAAACCAAAGUCAGUAAGCGAGAAAAGCUCUCCAGCACCAAUCCAAGCUCAAAAAAACACGGUCAGACCCAUAAUUCCACUUCACAGACCCUUCCUGGAUCUGAGCCCCCUGCUGCGCGUCCAGACCGAGGACGAGACUGAAACACCAGACGCUGAAGAGGAGAGAGAGCACUCAAGCUCUGCAGAGGUCAGUAAUCAGGACUGUGUGAUCUCCGGAGACUCUACAAGAGAGAAUCCCACAAAUCUGCUGCAUGAAGACAGAGCUGAAGCUGCUUUGAGCAAGUCUGAGUGAGGUUUGAGCCUCGCUGAUCCGUUAGCAUCUGCGACCGUCCUUCAACAAAACAGAAAUCUAGCAGAACAUUAUCAGGUGUCUGUCCAGACCAGUGUCGAGGGGAACGCAUUACGAGUAACACCAGUUACGUAAUCAGAUUACUCUUUUAAGUAACUAGUAAAGUAAUGCAUUACUUUUUAAUGUAGAAAGACAGAAUUGACAGAAAUCAGGAGUAAGUGCAGAGCGUUGUGUGUGAACAUGAUCUUACUGUAGUUCUAGACUAAAUAUGAACGUUUACUCAUCUCACCUGCACAAAAACACAUUCAGUGCUCCUCAAAAUCAUUAAAAACUGUCGAAUGCAAACUCAGAAUAUUAUACAAACAGGCAAUAAUUACAUGUUAAAUAAGACUAAUAUCAUUUAUGUAUUUUAUCCCAUUUUAUGAACCAGUGUUUUUGCUACUGACCUUCUAUGAUCUAAUUCAAUCAUACUAAUAACCAAAAAUGACACAUUUGUGUUUGUGUUAUUGCUAAAUUUCUUCUCCUGUCAUAUUCUUCAUGUGAUUAGUUUGAGCGGCGCCCUCUACUGUACAGACCUGAAUUUACACUUCCUUCAGCCUGAGCCACAUUCACUUCACUUUUGUUGUGAAAGAGUAUUUACAUUUGU